AUGUCAGCUGCUGCACAAAGCCGAAGAAGGAAGGAUCAGGCGUCCGCCACAAAUUCCGUAGCACGGAGCCGAUGCGCGGGGAUAACAGACCAAGCUGACAUGAGGAUCGUGUCUUGCGAGUGCACUGACGCCAAAACCUGGUCUCAGAGGGAGGACACCUUCGGGAAGAAGCAGGAUGUGGAUGACAUCUCCGAGAUGUUCGAGGGUGAUUUGCUGAAUCGCUCUGGUGACUUGUAUUCUGGGUUCGAAGUCGGUGUGAAUCGGCUUGGAGUCUGUGGUAGCUGGGAGCCACAAAAGGGAUACUUCCAAGGCCAAGCUGGCAAAGCGUGGACCCAAGCUGCCCUCUCCACCACCAACGGGGGGUUGGGCCUCCGCCACGCAUCCGUGCAUGCGCCUGCCGGGUAUGCAGCCAGUGUUGUAGCCACUCAUGGCCUUUGCCGGCUUCUUGACCCAACCUACGACAGUUACGACAGCGCUGCACCCACCGAGGCGAUCCAAGCCCUCAACCAUGUGCUGCCAGUAAGUGACCACGUCCCCAUCCCAGUGCCGCCAACCCUUCGGCAACGGCAGUUGUCAGAGGCGCUGGACAAGGUCGUGAUUGCCAAGCUGGCGGCACCUGUGCCCGGGCGGGAAGCUUUCCGUGCCCACUUUGAAGUCUUGCAAUUGUACCUUGCCCCUUGUGUGAUGGCGUGGCGGAUUGCUUCGGCGACCAUGCCCGGGUCUAGAGCCCGUGUGGCGGUGAUCGCACCAAGCGACACCACGCCCUUCGAGCCAUCCUUGCAGCUCGUGCCAAAGCGGCCGGCUUUCACACCGAGGUCGAGAAGCCAACCUCGCCCGGAGGAUGGUGGUGCCAGCGAAGAUGGGGCCCGUGCCACCAAUGGGCGGCGCCCUGCUGAUGUCUGGGUCGGUAAUUGUGGAUUGCUGGGACCAGCGGCUUUUGACUUGGCCGUCACUUCGGGUUUGCGCUCCGGGCACCUGCCCUCCACUGUUGCAGAUGGUCGGCGUGCAGUGUCCGACUAUGAAGGCUUGCAGUUCUUGCCCCUGGUUGCGGAAGCUUGCAGCGGGGGAUGGGGCCCCACGGCGUUGAAAACAUGGAAAGAACUUUCGGUUGCUUUGGCGGCCCGAAACAAUGAAGCUGCUAGCGUGGAACACGACCGUUUGCUCCAAUCGCUGGCGGUGGCCCUCCAGCGGGAGAAUGCCCGGGCCGCCCUUCGACGCAUUGAGUGA